GGGGGAGGGGAUUUGGGGCCGAGGGAGGGAAUUUGGGGCCGAGGGUGUGCCGGGGGCGUGCCGGGGGCUCCGGCAAACCAUGGCCCAGCAGGAGACCUACGGCAACUGGUUGGGCCCCCCCGCGCCCCCCAAACGCCUCACGAGGCAACCGGGAAUUUACUCCUCCACCGGGAAAAUGUCCCCAGUGGGUGACUUCAGACCAGCGUCCCCGGACAGUUUUGAGGACGAUUACGACGACGUGUCCCUGGCGGAGUCGGAGCGGGAACCUCGGAGCAAACCCGGAACAGUUUACACCCUGGCCGGGUCUCCAAACCCUUCCCGGGCCGGACCUUCCCCCUCCGCCGGAGCCGCCGCCGCUUUUCCUGGGAAAGCUGAGCUGGAGCCGGAGCCCCAAAACUGGGAUCGGGAUCGGGAUCAGGGCCGGGCUCUGUGCCGGGGCCGCUCCGGGGUCGCUCUGUCCGUCCUGCUGGGGCUGAACCUCCUGGGCUGGGCCCUGAUCCUCACCCUGGGCAUGGAAAAGCACAGAGAAAUUUGGGAGGAAUUGCAGCUCCUGAAGUCGAACUUCUCGGAAAACCAGGAAUCCGUGUUGCGGGAGUUGGCAGCGGCGCAGCGGCGGCAGACGCGGCUCCGGGGUUGGAUCCAGCAGCACUUCCAGGAGCUCGAGGAGGUCACAGCGCUGCUGUGCCGGAGCCUGGAGGGUUCCCGGCGCUGCUCUGCGGGGUGGCAGCUUUUCGGGAAGAGCUGCUACUCCUUUUCCUGGGAAUCCUCGAGCUGGGGGGAGGCGCGGGAAGCCUGCGCCGACCUGGGAUCGCAUCUGGUCGUCGUCAACGACGAGGACGAGCAGAAAUUCCUGAUCGAGAACAUGAACCGGAGCAGCUCCUACUGGUUGGGAAUCACGGACCGGGAGGAAAACGGGAAGUGGGAUUGGAUCAACGGGGAAAAGCCAAGCUUCAGUUUUUGGACAAUUUUGGGCAAGGAGGGGGACAAGGACAAGGAUCUCAAGAAUUGUGGGAUCAUCGACCCCAAAGGCUUCUGGAACAACGACCUUUGUUCCAACCCCCACCCCUGGAUCUGCGAGAAAUCCUGGAAUUGCUGACCCACAUCCCGAUUUUCCCACUUUUUUCCCAACAAUUUAACCCUCCCCCAAACCCCCAGAACCCCCAAAACCCC